AUGUUUGUGUGUGGAUUGUUAGAGGUUGUCCCACUUGGUGGUUUGGUGACUUCAAGUAAGAGGAAGCAUAGUGAAUCCAACGAAGUGGAGAGGACUUCUAAGGCUAUCUACAAAGACAAAAAAGGGGCAUGUUCAAGUCAGUUCACCAAGAAGCAUAAGGCAGAGGAGUUUGUGGACAAAAACACUGGUUUCAAAGGGCACAAAGAAGAGGUGAAGCUCAAAUCCAGUGUGAAGUUUGAUGAUAAGAAACAGGGUUGUAAUACCGAGUACCAGACAGAAGUCAAAUUCAAAAAGGUCAUGACCUAUGCUAAUAAGGGUUGUCAAAAGGCUGGUUACAAGCGUAUCAACUACAAUAAGAGGAAGCAUAGUGAAUCCAACGAAGUGGAGAGGACUUCUAAGGCUAUCUACAAAGACAAAAAAGGGGCAUGUUCAAGUCAGUUCACCAAGAAGCAUAAGGCAGAGGAGUUUGUGGACAAAAACACUGGUUUCAAAGGGCACAAAGAAGAGGUGAAGCUCAAAUCCAGUGUGAAGUUUGAUGAUAAGAAACAGGGUUGUAAUACCGAGUACCAGACAGAAGUCAAAUUCAAAAAGGUCAUGACCUAUGCUAAUAAGGGUUGUCAAAAGGCUGGUUACAAGCGUAUCAACUACAAGUAG